AUGGCCACCAACAAAUCCAUCACCCUCGAAGAAAUCAAGAACGAGACCGUUGAUCUGGAACAUAUUCCUGUUGAGGAAGUGUUUGAGCAAUUGAAAUGUACGAAAGAAGGUUUGUCCUCGGAGGAAGGAGCCAAUCGGCUUCAAAUAUUUGGACCAAACAAGCUAGAGGAGAAAAAGGAAAGCAAGCUUCUCAAGUUUCUUGGGUUCAUGUGGAAUCCUCUGUCAUGGGUCAUGGAAGCUGCUGCUUUGAUGGCAAUUGGUCUUGCAAAUGGUGACGGAAAGCCUCCGGAUUGGCAAGAUUUUGUCGGUAUUGUUUGCUUGUUGGUGAUCAACUCCACCAUCAGUUUCAUUGAAGAAAACAAUGCCGGUAAUGCUGCUGCAGCCCUUAUGGCUGGUCUUGCUCCUAAGACAAAGGUUCUUAGGGAUGGUAAAUGGUCUGAGCAGGAAGCUGCAAUUUUAGUCCCUGGAGACAUCAUUAGCAUCAAACUAGGUGAUAUUGUUCCAGCUGAUGCUCGUCUUCUUGAAGGUGACCCUUUAAAGAUUGAUCAGUCUGCUUUGACUGGAGAAUCACUUCCUGUGACUAGAAGUCCUGGGCAAGAAGUUUUCUCUGGCUCAACUUGUAAGCAAGGAGAAAUUGAAGCUGUUGUCAUUGCAACUGGUGUCCACACAUUUUUCGGGAAAGCAGCUCACCUUGUCGACAGUACCAACCAAGUUGGACAUUUCCAGAAGCACCGCAAGUACAGAGACGGAAUUGACAACCUUUUGGUCCUUUUGAUCGGAGGAAUUCCUAUUGCUAUGCCCACUGUGUUGUCUGUAACAAUGGCUAUUGGUUCACACAGGCUCUCUCAGCAAGGUGCUAUUACCAAGCGAAUGACUGCUAUUGAAGAAAUGGCUGGUAUGGAUGUGCUUUGCAGUGACAAGACUGGUACACUUACACUUAACAAGUUGAGUGUUGACAAGAACUUGAUUGAGGUCUUUGAAAAGGGUGUGGACAAGGAACAUGUGAUGCUUCUUGCUGCAAGGGCUUCCAGGAUUGAAAAUCAGGACGCAAUAGAUGCCGCCAUUGUUGGAACUCUAGCAGAUCCAAAAGAGGCAAGGGCUGGAGUAAGAGAGGUUCAUUUCUUACCAUUCAACCCAGUUGACAAAAGAACUGCCUUGACUUACAUCGAUAGCAAUGGAAAUUGGCACCGUGCAAGCAAAGGUGCUCCGGAGCAGAUCAUGAAUCUGUGUAACCUUAGGGAAGAUGCAAAGAGGAACAUCCAUGCUAUUAUUGACAAGUUUGCAGAGAGAGGUCUUCGUUCUCUUGCUGUUUCUAGACAGGAGGUUCCUGAGAAAACUAAAGAAAGUGCUGGUGGUCCUUGGCAGUUUGUUGGUUUGUUGUCACUGUUUGACCCACCUAGGCAUGACAGUGCUGAAACUAUUCGAAGAGCUCUUCAUCUUGGUGUCAAUGUUAAGAUGAUUACUGGUGAUCAACUGGCCAUAGCAAAGGAGACCGGGAGGAGACUUGGGAUGGGAACUAAUAUGUACCCAUCUGCUACAUUGCUUGGUCAAGACAAAGAUGCAAGUAUUGCUGCUCUUCCAGUUGAAGAGCUGAUUGAGAAGGCAGAUGGAUUUGCUGGGGUAUUUCCAGAGCACAAAUAUGAAAUUGUAAAGAAGUUGCAAGAAAGAAAACACAUCUGCGGAAUGACUGGAGAUGGUGUCAACGAUGCUCCGGCUUUGAAGAAGGCUGAUAUUGGAAUCGCAGUUGCGGAUGCUACGGAUGCCGCAAGAGGAGCUUCUGAUAUUGUAUUGACAGAACCUGGAUUGAGUGUCAUCAUCAGUGCAGUCUUAACUAGUAGGGCAAUUUUCCAAAGGAUGAAAAACUACACGAUCUAUGCAGUAUCUAUCACUAUCCGUAUAGUGUUUGGAUUCAUGUUCAUUGCACUGAUCUGGAAAUUUGACUUCUCACCUUUCAUGGUCUUGAUUAUUGCCAUUCUUAAUGAUGGAACAAUCAUGACAAUUUCAAAAGAUAGAGUGGUUCCAUCUCCCUUACCCGAUAGCUGGAAACUGAAUGAAAUAUUUGCUACUGGGAUUGUUCUUGGAGGUUAUUUAGCUCUGAUGACUGUAAUAUUCUUCUGGGCAAUUAAAGAAAAUCAUUUCUUCCCUGACAAAUUUGGAGUUAGGCACCUGGGUCAUGAUGAAAUGAUGUCUGCUUUGUAUCUUCAAGUCAGUAUAGUUAGCCAGGCUUUGAUAUUUGUGACUCGUUCUCGUGGUUGGUCGUUUCUUGAACGCCCUGGAGCCCUAUUAGUCAUUGCUUUCCUCAUUGCUCAGCUGAUUGCGACAUUAAUAGCAGUAUAUGCCAACUGGGGAUUUGCAAAGGUACAAGGAAUUGGUUGGGGCUGGGCAGGAGUUAUCUGGCUCUACAGUAUUGUUUUCUAUAUUCCACUCGACGUGAUGAAGUUUGCCAUCCGCUACAUAUUGAGUGGCAAGGCAUGGAACAAUCUCCUAGACAACAAGACUGCCUUCACCACCAAGAAAGAUUACGGAAAAGAGGAGAGAGAAGCUCAAUGGGCACAUGCUCAGAGGACUCUACAUGGACUUCAACCACCAGAGAGUUCUGGUAUUUUCAACGAGAAGAGCAGUUACAGAGAACUCUCUGAGAUUGCUGAGCAGGCCAAAAGAAGAGCUGAAGUUGCAAGGCUUCGUGAGCUGCACACACUCAAAGGACAUGUCGAGUCAGUAGUGAAGCUAAAAGGUUUGGACAUUGAUACCAUCCAGCAGCACUACACUGUGUGA